GAGGUUUAGCAAAUAGCAGUGCACCCACUUCAUCUUUGCUAGCAUUCCCCUAUUCUUCUUCCUCCGCCGGCGUGGAGCCCUACCCUUCGCUACUCCGCCGGCCGUCGAUCAUUGGAAUUCACCGUGAGAUUACAAUGGCCACGCGUCCACCAUCGCAAUAAGCUCUGGAAGUAUUAUCUGAAACAAAUUUCAAACGAGAAUAAUGCUAACAGUCAGAUAUGCGAGGCAAACCCGGGCCUUCCUCUCCCCUCCUUCCAUCGCCGCCAGUACCACCGGCGCGGUUCUCUUCUUCUCAUCCUCCACGGUCCAGUCUAUCCCUUUUCUCCCCUCCUAUCCCUUCUUCCCUUCCUUCUCCUCUAGUCCUAUAACUUCAAAUGAAUCCCAAUCGGAGAUACACAAAGACGAUGUUGUCCACUACUUCCGAGAGUGGUUUAUGUCUCGGAAGAAACCCCUCUUGGAUAGUAUCUUCGAAAUCCUCCGCACUCAGGACGAGUCCUCUGCCGAUUCAGCCAUUUCCCGGCUCAAUCUCCCCCUCUCCGAAACCCUAGUUCUGGAUGUACUGAGUUAUGAGAAAAAAGACGUGCUAUCUUGCUUGAGGUUCUUCGAUUGGGCAGGCAGGCAGCCGGGUUUUCACCAUACUAGAGCUACAUUCAAUGCAAUUUUUCGGAUCCUAUCAAAAGCGAAGCUGAUGAGCUUAAUGUUGGAUUUUUUACAAAAUUAUAUGAAACAGAGGUAUGUCCAUAAGGUCAGAUAUUACAAUAUCUUAGUCAUUGGGUAUGCUGUAGCUGGAAAAUCCGAGACUGCACUCCAACUGUUCGGUAGAAUGCGUUUCAUGGGUGUGGACUUGGACGCCUUUUCAUACCACGUCCUUAUGAAUUCGCUUGUGGAGCAGGGUUAUUUUGAUGUGGUAGAGACAGUGGCAAAGGAAAUUAGAGCCAGGGGCUUUCAGGACGAGGUCACACAUUCCAUUAUGAUGAAGAGUUUCUGUAAGCAGAAUCAGCUAGAGAGAGGUGCAGAAUAUUUGCGGGGUCUUGUGCAGGAUGACACAGCACGAUUGAGUGGAAUUGCUGUUGGUACGUUAGUGGAUGCCUUGUGUAAGGAUAAUCAAUUUGAGAGAGCUGCCUUGUUAGUUGAGGAGUUUCGAAGAAUGGGUUUGUCUUCAAUGGAGCACGCUUAUGGUGUGUGGAUUAGGGACCUUGUCAAGGUUGGGAAGUUGGAUGGUGCUUUAGAAUUUUUGAAGGAUAAGCAGGCGAUUGAGGGGUAUGUUCCUGAUGUCUUCCGUUAUAACAUGUUAAUAUGCAGGCUUUUAAGGGAGAGUAGGAUCGAGGAGGUCUAUGAUUUAUUGGUGGACAUGAAAGAAAGGGAGGUACUACCAAACGAUGUUACUAUGAAUGCUAUCUUGUGCUUUUUGUGCAAGGCUGGAAGGAUGGAUAUUGCAAUGGACUUAUACGAUUCAAGAGCGGAGUUUGGCCUCUCUGUUAAUUGCAUGCUUUAUAAUUAUCUUAUAAACACUCUCUUGGGGGAUGUCAGUACUGAUGAAGCUUAUCGUCUGUUGAGGAUAUCAAUAGAAGAGGGUUAUUUUCCUGGUGAAAAGACCUUCUCUAUUAUUGCUGAUGCUCUUUGCAGAGAAGGAAAGCUCGACAAGAUGAAGGAGUUGGUGCUUUUUACGUUAGACCAGAAUAUCAUGCCCAAUACCUUGACAUAUGACAAGUUCAUAUCGGCUUUAUGCCGGGCCGGUAGAGUUGAAGAAGGAUACUUGGUACAUGGGCUGCUCAACAGGUUCAAUAAAGCAGCUCGUAAGGGUACUUACUCGAACAUGAUAAGUGGAUUUAGUAAAUCAAGUAGAGGGGAUAUUGCAGCUCGAUUGCUCAUUGAAAUGCAAGACAAAGGUUAUAGACCAAGUAGGAAUUUGGUUAGAGACGUUAUAUGCUGUUUAUGUAAAACAGAUAAUCCUGAGACUCAAUUUUUCAGAUUGCUUGAGAUGCAGCUUGCUCGCCACCGGUCGUCUACCUCUGUAAUUUACAACUUCUUCAUUGAUGGAGCUGGUCAUGCUCUGAAGCCUGAACUGGCUACGCAAGUAUAUGAAAUGAUGAGAAGAAGUGGUAUUGAACCAGACUUGAGGUCUGACAUCCUGCUGUUGCGAAGUUAUCUGAAAAGCAAAAAAAUUUCUCUUGCUUUGCAUUUGUUCCGUGAUAUUUCCAUGAGAAGGUGUAAGAGGAAAUUAUGGCACACAAUGAUUGUUGGUCUUUGCAAAGCGAGGAAACAUGAGUAUGCAUCACAGAUAUUGGAUAAUAUGAAGGAAAACAAAUUAAGACCAAGUAUUGAAUGUUACGAGGAACUUAUAAAGUUGUAUUGUGAGUUGGGGCAAUAUUACAAAGCUAUAGAUCUUGUUAAUGAUAUGACUCAAAUGGGUCGUCCUGUUUCUUCCUUCAUCGGCAAUGUAUUUCUGUUGCAUGCAUUAAAAACUAGGAAAGUAUACCAUGCUUGGGCUUAUUUAAGUCAUGAGCAAAACCUAACACCUGCCUGUUGGAUGUUGGGUCACGUUAUUGGUGUUUUCUCGGGUUCUAUUGAAGGGAACCAUGAUGACGAGGAGCUUGAAAAACUGAUUCAGCAGUGCUUCCAACUAGAUAUUUACACUAACAAUAUGCUAUUGAGAAGAUUAUGCAGGAGUCGGGUGGACCAUGCUUGUAAAUUUGUGUCCAGAUUGCGGGAAAAAGGAUUUGAGCCAAACAGAUGGACAUAUGAUAUAAUUGUCCAUGGUUUAGCCAAAGAUGGCCGGACUGCAGAGGCUAGAACAUGGAUGGAAGAGAUGCUCCAUAAAGGGUUUCACCUAACUGAAGUUACCAAAAAAAUUAUCUAACAUGAAAUGGAAAGUCACUGUGUUUAACGGGAGGGUUUCAAAAUAAUGGGUAGAUGUAAAGCUUCCAAGAAAGCUUGGAGCUGGAAUUGUGAUAUAUAUAAGCACAACUUUCAAUAUGUUUCACGAGAGACUUCGAGGUUCCAGCAAAUUCUCUGUUUGGGAGCAUGUGAAAUUUGUUCUGACAAUGUUUCCAAGGUUCAUGGAGGAAAUCAAAUGUGGUUUAUCUUUUCUAUAGGGCAUUACUGCAUCGAAUCCUGCCCCAAGUGAGGGCCAAAAGGGAUUCAAUGAAGUGUCUGCUGGAUAAGUGAGCUAGAAAGACUAGAAGUCAUGAAGAGGUACCUAUGAAAAUGAAUCACCUAACAUCCAUCUUACUCCUGCCAGCAUUUAACCAGUGCUGCGGCUUGUGGACGUGGCUUUUCCAGGGGAAAACGUGCAGACAACUUCACAUGAUCGAUCUGUGAGUUGGUGUUGUGGUUGUUGGUUGUUACUUUAUCUUCUCUGAAAGAUUCUGUUGCUCCUAUUCCCGAGCUGGCCAAUCACUUCCAAAUAAUAACAGAUGAUUCUCAAAAUGGAACAACCAGUUCACGCAAUGCAUAAGCUUCAGAGUUUGAGAUGAAGAGUGAACAAAUGUUCUGCAUUGCUGUUGAAGGAGAUCAAAACUAGAUCCUUCGCCGUCUCUGCUUCAACACAAAUUACAGUUUUUCUUAUGCUUUUGUUAACUGCGAGGGCUAAUUGUUAAAGUAUCAUAUCCUGGGUUUAAUAUCUGCUGCAGGUUGGCAACAAAGAAGCCAAGCAGUAGGGUGGUGCUCAUAACGAAGAUUCUCACCAGAAGCAGAUGUCAACUACAUACUUUGUAAGAAAUUGUGAAGUUUGAAGUCUUGCACGGAGCCUAUUAUUAACAGUUCGAAAGACCAAUAUAAUCAGUAAAUUAUUCCUGACUAUAGAAUUGUGUCUAUUAAUUGUUACUAUGCGUUAUAUUCAUUGGCUUGCUGAAAAAGUAGCUGACAGUUAUUUAUUUAGUUUACUUGUAUGAUAAUUCAAACAAAUUUCAGAAGAAUAUAAAUGAUGCAUUCACUUU